GCCUCCAAGUGGCCAUAUUGAAAGCAGUGCGAGUCUGUCCGUGUUUAAUGUGGAGAGCUGCUAAAGACGGAUAAUUCCCGCACACAGCCACUUCUGACGAUGGCGGCCAAUGAGCAUGAAGAAAAGCGCAACCUGGAGCUCGGAGGUCAUGUGGGGUUUGACAGUCUUCCAGAUCAGUUGGUCAGUAAAUCAGUUGCACAGGGAUUCUGCUUCAACAUCCUCUGUGUCGGUGAGACAGGGAUAGGCAAGUCAACAUUAAUGAACACUCUUUUCAAUACAACAUUUGAAAAUGAGGAAGCCAGCCACUAUCAGAGUGAGGUACAGUUACGCCCACAAACCUAUGAUCUGCAGGAGAGCAAUGUUAACCUCAAGCUGACCACUGUGCACACUGUAGGGUUCGGAGACCAAAUCAACAAAGAGGAAAGCUAUAAACCCAUCCUUGAGUAUAUUGAUGCCCAAUUUGAAAGGUUUCUUGAGGAGGAGCUAAAAAUAAAACGUUCCUUGUUUAACUGCCAUGACACAAGAAUCCAUAUCUGUCUGUAUUUCAUCGCUCCCACUGGACACUCCCUGAAGUCCCUUGAUCUAGUUACAAUGAAGAAACUGGACAGCAAGGUGAACAUCAUCCCCAUUAUUGCAAAGGCAGACACGGUAUCCAAGAGCGAAUUGGACAAAUUAAAGAUCAAGAUUAUGAGUGAGCUGGUCAGUAAUGGAGUUCAGAUUUAUCAGUUCCCUACAGAGGAUGAAGCUGUUGCAGAGAUCAACACCUCCAUGAAUACUCAUCUUCCCUUUGCUGUGAUUGGAAGUGUAGAAGAAAUUAAAGUGGGAAAUAAGAUGGUGAAAGCAAGGCUGUACCCCUGGGGAUCAGUACAGGUGGAGAAUGAAAACCACUGUGAUUUUGUGAAGCUGAGGGAGAUGCUACUGCGUGUGAACAUGGAGGAUCUCCGAGAGCAAACACACACCCGACACUAUGAGCUCUACCGUCGCUGCAAGCUAGAAGAGAUGGGCUUCAAGGACACAGGCCUGGACAGCCACUCGUUCAGCCUUCAGGAGACAUACGAAGCCAAGAGGAAGGAGUUCCUUGUGGAUCUGCAGCGCAAAGAGGACGAAAUGAGACAGAUGUUUGUCAACAAGGUGAAGGAGACAGAAGCAGAGCUGAAAGAAAAGGAAAAAGAGCUUCACGAGAGGUUUGAGCAGCUCAAGAGGAUGCACCAGGAAGAAAAGAAGAAUCUGGAGGAGAAAAGAAGAGAACUGGAGGAGGAGAUGAAUGCCUUCAAUAGACGAAGGGUUGCAGCUGAGACACUGAUGGGACAGGCACUCCAAGGCUGCUCACAACAACCAUUCAAAAAGGACAAGGACAAGAAGAACUUCUUUAGUCUUCCAUCUGCGUGCUCCUUAACCUCAGGAAGGAAUUUGAAUUAGAAGACUUUCUACCCCCAUCAAAAGAUCACAGACUAACAAUCAAGUAUAUUAUUUUUACAAUGUGAAAUAACAAUUUUAUAGAAAUGCACUUAACAUCCUUGGAAGUGAUUCAGCCUGACGUCUUCCAUGUCUACUAAACUCUAAGCAGCGCUCUGUAGCAUGGUCUCUGCAGGGCUCUUAACCUUCAUUCCUAGAAGUAUUAAAAGAUUACCAAAAUCUCUGUUUUUGUACUAAAUGUGCUACCUUCAUUUCAUGUUAUGCUUGUAGUUUUUGACUGACAAUUUACACUGUGAAAUAUAAAGUGACAUGAUAGUCCUGUAAUGUUGUUUGGAUUGUAUAUUAUGAUUUAUAUGCACUUUAAACCAGUCAUAAUACCAAUACUAUCUUUAAUCAUUAUAAAAGGUGCCCUAUCAUGCUAACAUGUCAGCCCUUAUGUUGUGUCAAAAA